AUGAACCUCGACGGGCUCAGUCAAUUCGAAAAUUCCCCUUCCGCCGGCCACCAUAGUGAUUUCUACCCUCUGCGCGGCCAUCACGACUCCUUCCAUUCUCUGAAAGAGCACUCUCUUUCGUCCACUCCUUCAGAAAACGACUGGGUCUCUCCUUUUACCCUCCCACCGCUGCCGACUCUGCGUCGCGACCGCGACCAGCCAGACAACUUCCGAUCACCCGAGUAUCUGCGUCAACGCGACGGCAGUGGCGCCUACUACGCGGCCGCCUGGGGCUCGCCGUACGCUACUCCGAGUCCUCGAAGAACACCCCAGCCGCCCUCAGACCCUGCCAGUCACCGCCUGGACUUCGACGACACCCCUCUCCCUAGUUCAUAUACUCGAUCGUUCCUUGAUCCCGGCGACGACAUUGGCGGUAACAGACCACGCUCCCGGCGCCGCAUAUACCCGCAUACCGCCACCCUCGAUCCUGCAAAAGAGCUACGAAAUUUGCGGUCCGAGAGACCCAAUUGGCUAAGCGACUCUGAAGACAGCGGAUCUGAGACGGGUCAAAAGGAGGGCGAGAAUACACCGACCCGGGUAGCAUAUCUUGACAGCUGGGGAGCGUCCCCUGCUGACAGCGUGAGCCGCGUUCCGGUGAAACACCGCAGCACCGAGAGCCUCGCUACCGUCACUCAAGACACGUUCCAUGCUUCCGGCAACCUGUUGGUAGGGUCAAAACGGCUUCGUACACCGCUUCCGCCCAUUGGACAAAGCAGCAUGGCCGAGCAAGAGUCGGAGAACGUUGACACGCCGGAGAUGCAGCUGCCUGCUCUUCCUCGCAGAGUCUCCCCAAUAGACGACAAUACGAAACCACCGGAAAGCCCGACCUUAGCAGCCCGACCGCGGCCGACUUCGAUGCACUCCUACCAGAGACCAAAGAAGAAGGUUAUUUGGAAAGGCAAGGCCUGCAUCAUUGCAUUGCCGCUCACAGAUCGAGAAACUGCAGGCCUACCUCCUUUAUUGACACGGGAAGAAAUCCAGGCGCGAAUACAGGAAUGGAUUGACGCUGGAUAUUCUGUGGACGGCUUCAAGUUGACCCAUCUGGCACACGAAGGCUCGGAAGGGGGCACCGGACAGAGCCGUCCCGUCUACCCUGAUCCCAUCGAGGUGAACGCGGAACAGAAGUUGCGGCAAUUCCAGGUCCAUAUACCUGACCAAGCGGAAUGGGAGUCGUGGGUCGAGAGUCUGAAGGAGGAGAAACUCCGUGCGCUCGGUGUCAGCCCAAGUGGCUCAGAGGCUCCCCCGUCAACACGGUCACCUUUCUCUGCCACGAUGAGCCGGGUUUCAUCGACGGCUUAUCCGGGACUCACCGCCUCACCACCGAUUGCACCCUCCUCCUCGGCAAGUAAUCCACUCAGAGCGACAAGCAAUCCCUUCUCGCCCUCACUGAUUUCGUCCGCUGGCAUCAGUCCUCAACCGGCAUCCGUUGCAUCUUCGCAGUUUAAUGGGCCACCGAAGAACAUGCACGGGUACAAGCCGUCUAUGGCACACCCAGGCUUCCAUGGACGGAUCUCACCCUAUGAGCCGAUACUACCACAGCCGAACGCUUUCGGCAAUGGCGCUCGACCGAACAUCCAACCUCUCUCGUCACGCCAGAACAGCUUCUCUCCCAACCAUCCGUUACAUCUUCCGAAUAUGGGAGAAGUCCUGUCGCAACCCAUGCACGUGCGGGCGCCUACAAUGCAGUUUGGUGGUGAACAGGCCCGAAACCAGCUGUUACAAUCGAGAGGACAUGUCCACCCGCAACAUGCCGCUCAACAUACUCCGAGCCCUGUUCUGCCUCGGCGAGUCGACAGCUUGUCCCACACUCCUCAGUUCAGCGAGUCCUCCCGUACCCCCAUUGAGAUCGCCCACCCUACGCCCAAAAGCCAUCGCCACAACCUUAGUAUGGCGCUGCAACGGGAGAUCGACGAAGCGGAAGCUGCGUUACAUGCAAAGCACGACAGCCUGCAUGUUGAAGAUACGGAGAAUUUGGAUUUGUCUCUUCGCAAAGACUCCGUCGUCGAUGACACUGUGAAUGAAGAACUCCCCAUUCUGAGGCGACCCGAGACUAUGACAGCUGCUGAUGAGAGAUCUGACAUCGAGACAAACCCAAGUAUAGCUGCUACGCCGAUGCUGAUGGACGACAAGAAUCCGUUUGUGAACUGGCAGGCUCUAAGCGACGCGGCCAAGGCAGAAUCGAAGCCCGUCCCGGAACCUACUCCCACCACCACCACAAAGUUCAAUGUCGAAGCGAAGGAGUUCGAUCCUCGGGCAGGGUUUCUAAGUUCGAAUUUCUCAUUUGGAGCACCUGCUUUUAUGCCAAUCCGCCGAGCACCAUCCAAACCAAUACCUCCGGUUGAUAGAGGUUCCGCCAAGAACAGGUUUUCGAUAUCACGACUAAAUGCUGAUGCUCCUGCUUUUACCCCAUCAUUUGUGCCGCAGGCUGCGCCUAAGGGAACUCCAUUCAGCUUCAGCUCUGCCACAUUCAACGUUGAUGCUCCAGUAUUCAACCCCUCCCAGUCCCAGGGGACGCGUUCGAAUGACAACGUGGCGUCUGAUGCUGAUGGAGUGUCCAAUAAUACGAGUAGCAUAUUUGGAAACGUUGUCAUCGGUUCAGGCUCGAAGGCUACAAGAAGAGCGACCAAACCAGGCGCCCUUCUGGCCACCAAAUCGAGAGGCGUCCAGUCUGAUGUGUCAGAACCAGAGUCAACGGAUGAUGGUCGCCCAAUGGCUCCAGCAGACAGGCAAAAGAGAGCGCGGAGGCACGGUAGUGAUGGUGAUCGAAGUCCUGUGUUCGCCGACUCGGCACCGUUCCAUCACAGAAGGAUCCUCUCCGAGAUUGUGGAUGAUGUCGACGCCAAUGGAGCUGAAUCGGAAAGUCCAAAGAAGCAUUUCGAUGGCUGGGCGUAUAUUCCUGCGGACGAGACACGACCAGAUGAGAACGAGCCAGUCGCUGCACAAGAAAAGCCGGAGGACGCCAAUGAAGCCGGUGAAGCCGAGUCUGCAUUCACUUUCGCCAACGCGAGUGAUGCUGCUAUGUUUAACGAGGCUCGCCCUCCGCUUGAUAUUGACCAGAAAAUGGAGACUGAGCCGGAAUCUGAGCCAGAAUCUGAGCCUGAGUCCAGUGAAAAUGUGGAACGAGAGACAGAGACACCCGAGAAACCAUCUGACGGGUCGAGGGGUUACAAUCGCAAGCCAAAGUCUUCUCUUUCUGCUUUAGCGAAACCUUUCGAGUUCAAUCCAGGUGUCUCAGGGUCACUGGCAUCUUCGUCCACUGCCCCGACAGCGAAAGCCCGAGGACUGGAAGCUUCCAAAUAUGCCACCGUGCCAAGUCCACCGACAAAACACACGGCCAUUUUGUCCUCACCUCCUGCUGAACUGCCUCACCUCGUGGAGAAAGAUCAUGAGUCUCUCAAUGAUGCAGAGGACACUGUUGAAGUGUUUGAAGACGACGACCAGAGCAGUGUAGAGGAGGUUGUGGAGGUCAUUGAAGAAAAGUCCACUGAUAACGAGGCUGACGUGCCGCCAGAGUUUUCAAACCCCAAGAAAGAACUGGGUGUCCAGCCACAAGUGGAGGAGGAUGAGUUCGAGAUGCCAGGACCGUCCCUCCGGCAUCAAGACCAGCCCGUUCCAUCCUUCGAAGAAAUCGAUGCUGUCAUGAAACAUCUUGAGGACCAUCCCGAGCUCGGUGUUGAACGUAACGAUACACCAAUUCAGUCCACCCCACUUGUCGAUAUGCGAUUAGGAGGCAAUUUCCGAAGUGACGCUCCCAGCCCCAGCCCCCGUAGGAUUCACGACAAUAAAUCUGCUCAGAGCGACACUUCGUAUCCACCGUCAUACGGACUUGGUAUUGGUAUUCACAAGCUGAAUUCGGGCAGAGAUGAUGUCAGUGACUGGGGCGAUGCUUUGCCUGCGCCAGAGGCUGCGAAGCUUCAACUUCGGUCCCAAUUCUUUGACGGCCACGUCAACGACCUGGUUGAUGGCAUCCUUGAAAACCGUCUUGGUCCUCUUGAGCGCGCCCUCGAGACGAUUCAGCACUCUUUGGCGUUGAUCGCCACGCAGCCGACACGAAAGAAGGACCGUCGCAGCACGUCGACAGAGCAGAAAGAGUCGGAUGCGGAUGACGAGGAUGAUUAUGAUGCAUUUGAAGGAUUCUCGUCUUACAGGUCGCGGUCGCCGAUAGCACGCAGAGGAGAACGGAAACAUGACCUGAUCCGUGCCGCCGUUGCUGAAGCCAUGGCCGCGUACCAGCCACCUCCUCCGCCUCAACCCACCAUCGACAUGACUGAGGUUAACGGUGUCUUACAGGAGAUGAGAGAACUCGCACAACAAACGGGCUCCCAGAACACACAGAACGAGCUGAAGACAAUCAUGGAAGAUGUCAUUUCCCAUCAUCCUAGACUUCGAGGGUCACGAGUUCGCGAGGAUCACGAGGCUGCGGAGUUGAAACUCAAGCCCCAGAUCGAUGGCCUGGAAAGUAUGCUGAAGAUUUCGCAAGAACAUGCUGCAGAAGAAGCUCGUCUCCGGCGCAAGGCCGAAGAGGAAAUCAACGAACUCAAACUGAGACUUCGUAUUGCCGAAGAGGAAGCCUCUCAAUAUCGCGAGUCCUCGGAGGAAGCCCAGCACACAUUGGAGGCGUUUGUGGAGGAGAAGGAGUCGUACAAGAACCUCGAGCGCGACCUGGAAGGGCUGACCCUCAAGAACACAGCGCUCGAACAUACACUCGAAGAAUACCGGGUAUCGAGUGACCAGUGGCGUGAGGACAUCCGCAACGAGCGAGCUAACAACAAAGAUCUCAAGCGCACUCUGCGUGAACUUCACCAGCAACUGCAGGAGCAAACACAAUCACGCGAAGGCCUUCGAGCUAAGAUUGAGCGUGUGCAGUCGCAAAUGGCACAAGUCAUCCACGACAUGCACGCUGAACAGGAAGACUGGCGGAACAAAGAGCACGGUUUCCAGAGCAGAAUUGCCAUAGCUCAGGAGGCACUUGAACAAGAGCGACGCCACCGGGAGAAGGCGGAACUCGAAUUGGACGCCUUGGAUAAGGAGCACAAGGCGAAUCUCCAGCUGAAGAAUGUUUUGGCGCAAGCUCAGUUAGAUGUCUCGAGACUGGACGAACUGGUUACUUCCCUGCGAGAGGAGAACAGAGCCCUGGAUACCAAAGCAUUCAAUCUCGACCGAGAGUUGACCCAUACGAAGAACAGCAAGGACGCCGAGCUUGCAACGUCCGUUCUGAAGGUGCAGACCGAGCUGGAAAGUGCCCUAGCUCAGUUGCAAAGCGUCCGCGCCGAUUCUGAUGCACAAAUCGCCCGGCUACAGGGCCGUCUUGACGAUGCUGAGCUGCAGCUCGAAGAGCAAAAGGCCAAGCAUGAUUCCGUUCUGGCUGAGACUCUCGAGGCCCAUCAACGGGCUCUUCGAGAGGCUGAUGAGAAGAAGGAAUCUGCUCUAGGAGAACAAUACCGGUCUCAUGAGAAGAUGCUUGAUGAACUACGUGACCGCCACGCGCGGGAGAUGCACGACUCACUUGAUACGCGGACCAGGCUCGAACAGCAAUUCCACGAAAGGUUGAGCCUGGGUGACGACAAGGUCAAACAUCUGGAGAACAAGGUCGCAGAUUUGGAGGACAGAUUGGCGAUUACGAAGUCGGCUGCUCGAGCUGCUGUGGAAGCUGCCACGGCCAAGGGCGUCAACCUUCCCACACCCGCCUCCUCCGUAGUGGCGUCACCACCUCAACGUGCAGCGACCGCGUCCAUGUCAUACGCCAAGGGAAGUGAAGAGCCAGAAAAGAUCUCACCGCAAGCCCUUCGAGAAUCUAUCAUGGUCUUACAAGACCAAUUGCAAAACCGCGAGCAGCAGAUUGAGCAACUCGAAGCAGAGCUCGCUGCCGCUGACAAGGAGGCUCCUGCCAAGCUCAAGGAGCGCGACACCGAGAUUAGUUGGCUGCGCGAGCUUCUUAGCGUCCGCGUGGAUGAUCUCGACGAGAUCGCUACAGCGCUGUCCAAGGCAGACUUCGACCGAGACACUGUACGAGACGCCGCAAUCAGGCUGCGUGCGAAUCUGCAGAUGGAGCAACAGCUGAGAGAACGCACCCCGGGAGGUUCCUUAACCAGCUCCUUCCCUUCAAUUUCUAGCCUGUCAAGCUACGCUCAGUCUCCACGCGCACUGCCCCUGGCGGCUGCGGCUGCGUGGGGAAAUUGGCGAAAAGCGCGUGACACGUCGAUCGGGGCUCUCUCGGAUCUGGCGACAAAUCUAGGCAAUCAGACACCAUCGAAAUCGACCGUUGGAAGCCCCGCGAGUUUUCUGUCCGGUAUGAUCACUCCACCAGCGACGAGCCAAAAGACGCCGACCUCGAGCGACACGCCACUUCAAGCACCACCAACCAUGAGACCUCUUGCGGCAGCUGCGGCGCAAGCUCGAAAGGGCAGCGGACCCGAAGCCCGACCAUUGAGGGCGUACAAUUCGCAACCUCGAGCUCUGUCAAGCAGACAAGCCGAGAAGCGGCCCGAAAUCUCGCCGUCACAAUCGAAGCCUGAGCCGCCCCAGACACCAACUCAGGUCAAGAAUCAGCCCAGCUUCGACUUGACUGCGGAUGUGGACGAAGAUGCCUCGCCUCUGGACGAGGAUGCUGAUGCUCUCGAAACAGCAGAGCCACUCCCUGCAUGA